AUGAGUCGACCAAUCUCAUACUCGGAUCCGAUUGGAUCCAAUACUGGAUUUUGUCAGAAUUCGACAAAAUCCUAUCGAAUUCCCGGUGAUCGAUCCUCUCGGAUUCAAUGUAACCAAAAGAACGCUCAUCAAAUGUGCAGCAUCCGACAUGACAUUUACCAAUGGAAUUCAAACGGAUUUUGUCGGAUCAUCGGAUCCUAUCGAUUCGUUAUCGGAUUGAUACACCUUGGAUGCUAUGAAAUCAAAUUAUCAAACGCUUUUGACAAUGAAUUGCGUAUCAAUCGUUUAUCAUGGAAGCAGUAUUCCGGUUAUUAA